AAUCAUAACAGUGUCCAACAAAGUUCUAGAACUCAGAGGGAUAUGUACAAGUAUUAUUGGAAGGAAGGACAGAAACAUUCAGAUGGUCCUGAGAAAUUUGGGUCCUACUUUCUCCUCUUGCUAAACCAAAACAAUGAGAAGCAGUAAGUUCCAAGCUCCUUCACCUAACUAGGAGAAGCAAGGGGUUAACCAGUCUUGGUUUACUAAGUAUCUCAGUCAGGCUUUUAUCUGAUCCUUCCUCCCUUCCUCCCUGCCCACCCCUUCUGUAAAUGUCAACCACUUCCUGAGGAGCCUAGUAGUGGUGAAUUUCACACCUUUCUUUUCUUUGUGAAGAAACCUGGGUGUUAAUGGUACAGGAUUGGGUACCACUGUAUGGCUCUGGCUGGCUGUUAGUAAAGCUUCGGGAUGCCUAUGGAAAAAACAUAGGAGAAGGUGAAGAAAUUUGAGAAAUGAGAUACUAGAAAAUAGGUUAAAUCAGGUCUUAUAUUUAAAACGAGUGUGUGUUUUGUUAGCAGUUUUUAAAUGUGCAUUGUAAAAAUAGUAAUUUUAAAAAAGCUUAACAUUGAGAGUCUAAAGGAGUCUAGCAAAGGAAGGGGCUGAUUGUUAAAAAAAAAAAAAAUUAAGGCAGGGUCAGAAAGAAAAGCUGGAGAAUUCUCUGACCUUUUGCUCUACAGGUGUAUUUACAGGAGACAGCAAUGGAAACCUGGUCAGUUGAACAGGUCUGCAGUUGGUUGGUGGAGAAAAAUUUAGGAGAGCUAGUUCAGAGGUUUCAAGAGGAAGAAGUAAGUGGGGCUGCUCUCCUUGCACUUAAUGAUCGGAUGGUUCAGCAACUGGUAAAGAAAAUUGGGCAUCAGGCUGUUCUGAUGGAUUUAAUUAAAAAAUACAAGCAGAACACUCAAGGACUGAAGUCCCCUGAAAACCCCAAAGAGGCAGCCCUGGUCAUGCAAACAGAAGCAGCCCGAGAUUACAGGGAUGAAGAGACCUCCAGUCCAGUCAGCCAUGGGGAGCAGAUGCCAUCUUUCUAUCCAUCUGAAAACCUUGAAGAUGGACUAAUUGACCAAAGAGUAUUAAAACAGAGAAAUGUGAAACACCUUCUAGCAAGAAGUAAAGCAUUACAAUGGACGAAGUCCUAUGUUUUACCAGAGUUUCCCUAUGAUGUCAAAUGCAUGUUAGCAGAGCAGAAGUGCCCAGAUCACAGCAUGAGGAUAAGGAUCAUUGAGUUUCUCCAGGCUGACAUGACCAAGUACCUGGAAGGCUCACUGUACCCCAGCACCCAGCAGUACAAUGACGUAGUGAAUGCCCUGCUGCAGGCCCACCCUUUCCUGGAUGAGGACGGCUGUGGCUUUUUUUUAUGGAAACGAGCCCUCAAAGAUCGUUUUAAAUAUGUUCGAAGACCCAUAGAAGAUGAUGAACAAGUGAUUAGAAAUAAGUGUAAAUUUGGACACCGAAGAGGCCAGACAAGGAAAUCUGUUGCUGAUAUAAGAUUUGAUGGAAUUAAACUUGUCCAGAUCAAAGAAGAAGCUGUUUGUUUUGAUUCUGAGCUGGAUGAACAUAUUAAAUGGUUUCAGCAAGAAUAUGUGAAAACAGAAAAGAACUGGAGAGAAAUUGACAAGAGAAUGAGCCAAACUUUGGAAAUAAGAAGAAGGAUGAUUGGCAGCCGAACACCUCUGAAGGAUAUUCUUCAACUGUUUCCUUUCUUGAAGUGCCCUUAUCAGAUGUUCAGAGAGUUCCAACUUCUUACAAGAACCGAUAUUUGUAAGAAAACAAGGCACAUUUUGGAAUCCUAUUCAGAAAAUAUACUGACUUCUUUCUCAGUGGUGGACAAUCAAAUCAAUAUUGCGUUGCAAGAGAAAAUGAAACAGUACACGGAUGAAGACAUAUUGAAACACAUGAAGAUGACAGCCACAUGUUUACUCCUCCCAGAUGUUUUUGGGGAUGAUCCCAGCCUUUUUGUCAUCAUGAAUGAACAGGUGCAAGUGUCCACACCUGUGUUAGAAGUUAAAAACCCUUUCAACAUGGAGGUCUGCGAAUUUUCUUUAUAUUUAGAAAGGGAGAGGCUCACGAAGGUGGAUAACUGUGUUACAGCCUUGGCUGCACUAGUAGCUGCCUUUCAUGUAUUUGGGAUUGAGUAUCCAAGAAGACUGUCCCAAACAUUCAACUUCUUAGAAACACUGAUUUUUGAUAUGCACAGUCCCUAUUUUCCUUCUUUGAAAGAAAAGGAAAAGGAGGUAGGAUUUCAACACCCAGUCACCUAAUAGUACGCCACAUAUUGUAUCGGAAUUUCCUUCCAGGAAAGCUGAAGCUUUAUAAAAAAUUGUUUUGAUUUAGGGUUGUGGUAGAGGUAGGUGUAAGAAAAUCACCUUGUAUCAUAGACGCCAAUGAAUUUCAAUGCUUUCUAUCUUUACACUUAGAUAUUAAGUUCUUUGUGAAAUUCUGUAAUAAAAUUCUAUUUAAUUGAAGA